AUGGCUGCCGAUGAGAAAAGGCGCUUGAUUGAAUAUAAUAAGAUGAGGGAAACCAUGUGCUUGCUGGAAGGAAAAAGUGAAAGCACCUGGCUCAGGCCUCAGAGGAGACAUUAUCCUCAAUCUAAUCGCACUUCCAUAGAGAAUUACCAAGAACAGAAGCAUGAUUCCGACAGUGGCAGGACUUCCUGGGUGACCAUCCUCCCCACUCACCAUAGAGAAAAGAGGCAUUUCCCAGAAAAAAACAAUGCAAUCUUUGGAUGAUCUGUCCCUCCAAAUCUGUCUCUGGGCAUUUUACUUGAGUGAAAAAACCAUAAUUAUAUUGCUUCUUUUAA